UUUGCCCUCUUAUCCGCAGUCAAGGUCCGAAUUUUAGCAAAUGGACGACGACUUCAUUAUACAAGACAUUCCUGGCAAAGGGAAGGGCGUUAUCGCAGCAAGAGCCAUCAGCAGCGGCGACCUCGUACUGCUCGAGUCGCCUCUCUUUACUAUGACACUCUCCCGCACCAACACAAAAAUCCUAACAGCUGUGUCUGCUCUCACGGAUUCACAGCAACGGCAAUUCUUCGCCCUCGCGAAUAGCCUUCGCGGGAAACUGCCCCCGGCGCUGGGGACAUUCAAUACCAACGUCCUUCCCUGCGGCUACAAUAGCAAUACAACGGGCCAUGCGGCGACUGAGGGUGGCAUCUUCGUCAUAGGCUCGCGGUUCAAUUCGUCUUGCGUCCCGAAUAUAAACAAUUACUGGGACGAGCAGCUCCGUCAGAUAUCGUUUCGCGCCGUUAGAGACAUCGUAGCUGGGGAGGAACUAUGCAUAGCAUACACCGAUCUUCUCUCUGUGCGAGAUGAACGCAGACGCGAGCUGCACGAGAAGUUCGCAUUUGAGUGUCAUUGCACUGCAUGCUCGCUAUCUGGUGCCCAGCUGGAGGCGAGUGACGGACGCCGCUCGCGACUUCGUCAGCUGUACCAAGAGAUAGCUGGGUGCGGCAUGAACCCUGCGCUGGGCAUUAGAAAGGUGAAGCACGCACUGACAUUGCUCAAGGAAGAAGGGCUCCUCGGAUUCCUCGACCAGUCAUACUACUACGAUGCAUUCCAGUUUUGCACCUCGGUCUCUGAUAUAGCAAGCGCGAAAGCUUGGGCGCGAAAGGCAUGGGAAGCGGAGUGCAGGAACAAAGGUCCUGACUGCCCGGAGGCAAAAAAGAUGGAGAACUACUCGCGGGACCCACGCGCUCAUCUCUCGUUCGGCAUGCUGCGCAAGCAAAGGCUCGGCGGUCCUGAUUGAGGUGAGCUGACUAUUGCGAGUGUCGAGUUCAUAGUCGCCAGUGAUUAUGCACCGCUCGGUUAUAAUUGUACAAGGAUCGCACAGGUUGAAAUAUAGUUACAUAUUGUGGCAAGAGGAAUGUCAUUUCAGGCUAAUAAGCAACUACCAUUCGCGCAGCGAGCCGUCCGCGCCUGUCC